AUGUCCUCUCUGCAGGAGCUCAGGCUGCAGCAGAACGCCAUCACAGAUGCGGGUGCUCAGGCCUUGGCCAGAAACCUGCAGCACACCGCCCUGCGGGAGCUUUGGCUCUCCGAGAACGAGAUCGGCGACCUCGGCUGCCAGGCCUUGGCUGCGGCCAUCGAGCAGCUGCCGUUACACACAUUGCACUUGGAGAAGAACUCCAUUGGCAAGUCUGGCGCGCACGCACUGGUGAAAGGACUGCAGCACAAGUCCCUGGAAUCUGUGCACGUCCAAGAGAAUUGCAUCGAUGGCCCAGGCUGUGAGGCUUUGCAGCAGCUGCGGAUCAAAGAUUUGCGAUGUGAAGAUCAGCAAGACAGGUCAUUGACUAGAUGA